UUUCAAAGAUGGCGGGAAAUAGGAUACCGUUCAAGCACCUGGCGUGAAACAUAAUUACACUUUGCAAGGUCAAGAGAAGAAGUUGCCAUGGAAACAGACACUGAUGAGCUGGAGGAUGAGGAGGCUGACGAUUGGCUUGAUACUAGGUGGUCUGGAGCUGUUGAUCCGUUUUCAGUGCCACUUGGAGUUGCAGCAUGUCGGGAAACUCUUUGCCAUCCAUCAUCAUCUGGUUCAGCGCAGCAGCAGGACACAUCAGGUGCUCCCCCUGUUGUGGUGUCGGCUGUUCAGGGUCCUGAUCAGAUGCUGACCAGGAUGCAACUGAAUGACAACAAGGCUGGCAUGGAUGGACUUGACAAGGAGAAAAUCAACCAGAUCGUCUAUGAAGCCAGCAAAGGUUCCAAAUAUUUUGAGAAUGAAAAGAAGAAGGAAGAACAGGUUCAGCAGAGGAUUGAGGAACUGAGACUGAAGCAGUCCAAGAUAACAGAGACCCAGCUGAAGCAGGGUCUGGAGGAGGCAAAUCGACUUUUGGAGGAGCUCGAGAUGUCUCGGGAUCUGAGUCACACCAUCGUCCACGUCGACAUGGAUGCGUACUAUGCUGCAGUGGAGAUGAGAGACAAUCCCUCCCUCAGAGACAAGCCUAUGGCUGUAGGAGGGAACUCAAUGUUGUCCACCUCCAACUACCACGCCCGGAAGUACGGAGUGAGAGCAGCCAUGCCCGGGUUUAUUGCCAAGAAGCUGUGCCCACACCUUGUCCUGGUCAACCCGAACUAUGAAGAGUACACUGCUGUCAGCAAACAGGUGAGGGAGAUCCUUGCUGACUAUGAUCCCAACUUUUCUCCUAUGAGCCUUGAUGAAGCCUACCUUGAUAUCACAAAACAUCUAAAACAGAGAGCUAACCUCACCGACUUGCAGAGAUCAUAUUUGGUAAGGUCAUGUGAUGAAAUGGGACCUGCAUGGUGUGGGUGUGACCUGAAUGAAAUCCUAAGGGACAGCGUUGUAGGGGUCUCCCUGCCGAAACAAGUCGACCAUGAUCAUGACAAGCAAGAUGACCAGUCAAACAAACACCUGCAAGAUAACGAGUCAGAGAAGCAUUUGCAAGGUAACCAAUCAGACAAGCACCAGCGAGAGGACCAGUCAAACAAGCACCUGCAAGAGGACCAGUCAAACAAGCACCUGCAUGAUGACCAGUCAAACAAGCACCUGCAUGAUGACCAGUCAAACAAGCACCUGCAUGAUGACCAGUCAAACAAGCACCUGCAAGAUGACCAGUCAAACAAGCACCUGCAAGGAGGUGAGACUGGCUGCACAAACAGGUGUCCAAGGUGCGGCAAGAUGUUUCCCCGGUAUAGUGUUGAGGUGUUUGGGCAGAGUGUGGAGGAAGCUGUGAAGGAGAUGAGGUGUCGCAUUCAGCAGAAGACGCAGCUCACAGCAAGUGCAGGUAUUGCACCAAACACUAUGCUGGCCAAGGUGUGCUCUGACCGGAACAAACCUAACGGUCAGUUCCGCAUCCUCCCUGACAGACAGCAAGUGAUGGACUUCAUAAGAGCUCUGCCCAUCAGGAAGAUACCUGGAAUCGGUAAAGUGUCUGAGACAAUGCUACGAUCGCUAGGAGUGGUCAACUGCCAGGACCUGUUUGAGAAGCGUGGCCUCCUGUAUCACUUGUACUCCACCGUGGCCUUCAACCACUUCAUGCACAUCUGCCUCGCCAUCGGCAGCACCACUGUGGAGAGAGACAGUGAGCGGAAAAGCAUAAGUACAGAACGGACAUUCAGUGAACUGAGUCGGCCUAGUGACCUCUACAAGAAGUGUUCCGAGCUGUGUGCUGCCCUGGUGGAGGACCUCGGGCAGCAGGAAGUCAGGGGUAAGACGGUGAGUAUCAAGAUCAAGACGGUGAAAUUUGAGGUGAAGACCCGGGCUCACAGUCUUGCUCAUCACACAGCUGAGUACCAGGACAUCUUCACUGCGGCCCGGGAGCUGCUCAGGGUGGAGAUUCAAGCUGUGCAGCCUCAGGCCCUCCGGCUCCGACUCAUGGGUGUGAGAUUGUCCAACCUCCUCCAUCAGAGUUCGUGUGGUAUGAAACGUCAAGACACGAUUACAGGACUGUUCAAGAAGAUGGCGGCCAGGAGCCCACAGAAGACUCAGACAUUAGAUUCUGUCCGCCAUAUUGAUUCAAGGCAAAUGGACCUUCCUCAGCUGCCUGUCUAUUUCAGUGAUGUGUGUGAUGGAACUGGCAAUGAGACCCCUGACACACAAUGUCAAGAUGGUAUAAGAAUUGCAGGAACUGAUGAUAAGGACAUUGAGAAAGAAUGUUCUGCAAAAAGAAGCAUAUCUGAGCUUGCGGCAGUCAUAAGAAAACCUAAACCUGUUAAAGGUCGAUCUAGAAAUACCAGGAAGAAAACAAAUCCUAAAACACACCCACAGUCAGUAGCACUGGCAGAUCUUGUAGGGACAGACAUUGAUAAGAAAACAGCUGUAGGUGAAGUGAACCAUGACACAUUUGAUGACGUCCAGAGUUGUUACUCCGAUUCCAAAGGAUCUGGCAGAGGGAAAGCAUCAGGACAGAAGGGCAAGAGGAAACGGCAAACUGAUCUGGAUGUCAACAGUCACCCAGCUGAACAGAGUGGAGAAUCUUCUGGUUAUGAGAGUGCAAAACAGGCAGAGCACUGGUCAUCUACAGGUCAAUGUGCAGACUUGCCUGAACAUAAUAAGAGCCAUCAUGGAGGUUCUGAUAAUGUUCCGUCACCUGAUGGUUCUGUUAAGAGUGAUCCUUCUGCUGGAAGUUCUUCUGAGGAUGUUCAGAAUCUCAAGGUUUUCCAGUGUCCGGUAUGUCAGCAAGUGGUUGAGUGCAAGAACCUUAAUUAUUUCAACGAUCAUGUUGAUGUCUGCCUCUUCAGACAAAUCUCGUCUCAGAAGGACCACCAGAAGAAUGUUGUCACUGAUGAGGAAGAUCACAAGGCUGGUGGUGAAGGGCUUACUUAUGUAGCCAGAUCUUCAGAGAGGGAUCACACAUCAAUUAAACAUGCCAUUCCAAAGUUUCCUCAACUGGAAACAAACAAUAAUGAAACUUCAAAGAUGGUUGAUUCUUUUGAGCCUUCUCAGCAAAAUCAAUCCAAAAGUAACAGAGUACCGUCCGGGAAGAUUCCAUCCCACCUGGGAGAUAGGGAAGCUGACUGGCAACACUCUACACUGAAUGGGACUGACACUGGAGGCUCCUGUGAACCAACUGAAGGGACUAAUCCUGAAGCUGACCAAGGUGAGGUGAAUGCUGUAGAGUAUUCUGGUACUGAUACAGCACCUGAUCAGGCAGUUCCUCAUCAAGAAGCUGAGUUCUAUGCCUGUCCUAUCUGCAAUGUGGAGAAGAUUGGUUGUAGUCUGGAGGACUUCAAUGAACACGUAGACUCAUGUUUGAGCAGACGGGCAAUCAAGCAGAUCCUUGAGGAACAGAAGAUAAGUGACUCCCCGCCUGCAAAGAGACCCACCUCGUCCACAAGUCCAUCACAGCCUCCGCCAACCAAGAAGAAGAGGUCUAGCUGUGGGCAGAUGAAAACCAUUUACUCUUUCUUCAAGCCUUGAUCACAUGGUCUCACAAACAAGGCCUUGAACACAUCCAGUGAGAACACAGUAAAUCAUCAAGUCCUUCCAGCCUUGAACACAAGGCCCGAGACUGAACUCCUUCUUCAAGCCUUGAUCACUUGGUCUCGCAAAACUGUCACUCAUGCCUUGAACACAUCCAAUGUGAACACAGAAAUCAUCAAAUCCUUCAAGCUUUGAACACAAGGCCUGAGACCAUGAAUAACCAUCAACUUUUCAUACCUUGAAGAGGGGCAGAGGUGGCCUGGUUGUCAAAAGCACUGCACUAGUAGAGUUGCAUCCCUUGGAGUGCCAGGAUGUCAUGAUCGCGUCUUGGACUCCAGUCAGGUUAUCUUGGUUUGUUAUGAUAUAACUGGGCAAAAUGUAUGAUGCAACCUCAACACAAGGUCUCCCUCAACAUUGACUCAUGCUGAGCUUAUACUUCAUAUAAAUGGAGAUUGUUGUUCAUACUUUAUUGGUUGUUUUCUUUUGAUAACUUUAUCUUACAUACAUAUAAUAGUAAUGCUUGUCUUUCAACACAUGGAUAAAAUAAAGGUUUAAAUAAACAUUUA